AUGGACACCACUACUGCAAUCAGCAUAGCCGAAAUUCUCGGCCCCACCGUCUCCAUCGCAACAGCAGGAGCAAUCAUCUCAAUCUCAGCACUCUACACACCUCUGCUUUCAUCCUCGGCACGCUCGCAAGAAUCGUCAAAACCCAAUCCGACCUCGACUCUACCAGCCAUUCGCUUCAUCUUCAGUCGUGGCAGCCACUUCUUCCCCCAAGCCGCCGUCUUCGCAGCAGCAAAUCUUAGCUUCUUGGCUUAUCAUUCUCCUGCUGGUCGUGUGGUGAGAGUGCUCGGAACUGAGAUCACGAGGAGAAAUGGGUUGAUUCUGGCGGCUGCGCUGAGUAUGGCUAUUGGGCCUAUCACUGGAGUUAUGUUGCCGAUUUGCAACAACCCUCUGAGGGAGAUGGCGGAAUUGGAAAGGCAGGGCAGGGAAAAGGAGAUUGAUGAGAAGGAGUUGAAGAAGAUGGUGAAGAGAUUUGAGUGGUUGAAUUACUUGCGUGGUGUGCCCAUUUUGGUGGGUGGCAUGUUGGGGUUGGCUGUGGUUGAUGGCUAG